UGGAUACAUAUCUGUAUUUUUCUGAGAUGGCAUCAAGAGGCUGCAAGCAUCCGGCAGACGCAUUUUGCUAUGUCUGCGGCCAAUUUAUCAAGACAAGAGCGAAAAAGUACUCUGUGGAAGCAUCUGCUAAGAUGUGUGAGGCCUACAAGGCAUAUUUCGGCAUGCCUGUCGGGGAUCAAGACAAACCCUGGGCACCUCAUUUCACCUGCGAGCACUGCAAAAAAACUCUGGAAGGAUGGUACAGAGGGGAAAAGAGAGCCAUGAAGUUUGCUAUCCCAAGAAUUUGGCGGGAACCCACUGACCACUCAAGCAACUGCUACUUCUGCAUGGUGGACCCUUCCAAACGUCGGACUGGCAAGAAUGCACUUGCUAUCACGUAUCCGGACCUCCCUUCAUCCAUCGUCCCGGGAGAGGAGUGGGCUGCCCAAGCGAGCCAGGACCAGAUACCCCGGGGGAGACCCCAGAAGCGGGAGCUACCAGCCGCGGCCACCAAGCGGGAGAGCAGCUGGGAUGCCAUCCUCCGGGCGGUCAUGCAUGACUGCUGGUGCCCCAUCUGCGGUGCGGGUUCUGCAGGGGGCCAGUGGUCCUUCUUCUGGGGGGAUAGUGAGUCUCACUUCCCCUGUCUGGAGUCGGUUGUGAAACCAUUCCAUCCUCUGAGGGAAAUCCAGCUGCGGGGCAACGCCUAUUAA